UAUAUAUAAUCCUCAAACAAUCUCAUACCUGGUAUCAUAGACGGCGACACUGACCAUAUAUCUCUUUGAACCAAUAUCAACUCUUUUUUCUUCUCUUCCAUGGCUACUCAAGGACAAGUCAUUACCUGCAAAGCCGCGGUGGCCUGGGAACCCAACAAGCCAUUGAGCAUCGAGGACGUUCAGGUGGCUCCGCCGCAGAAUGGAGAGGUCCGAAUCAAAAUUCUCUACACUGCUCUCUGUCACACCGAUGCUUACACGUGGAGCGGCAAGGAUCCAGAAGGCCUUUUUCCAUGUAUACUCGGUCAUGAGGCUGCAGGGAUUGUGGAAAGUGUUGGAGAAGGUGUUACUGCAGUUGAGGUUGGUGAUCAUGUGAUCCCUUGUUACCAGGCUGAGUGUGGAGAGUGCAAGUUUUGUAAAUCAGGGAAAACCAAUCUGUGUGGCAAAGUUCGAAGUGCAACUGGAGUAGGUGUGAUGUUGAGCGAUGGCAAGAGUCGGUUCUCUAUUAACGGAAAACCCCUUUAUCAUUUUAUGGGAACCUCCACAUUUAGUCAAUACACUGUUGUUCAUGAUGUUAGUGUAGCCAAGAUUGAUCCCAAAGCUCCUUUGGACAAAGUUUGUCUUCUUGGAUGUGGUGUUCCAACUGGUCUUGGAGCUGUCUGGAACACUGCAAAGGUGGAAAAGGGAUCAAUUGUUGCUAUUUUUGGCCUUGGAACUGUUGGGCUUGCUGUUGCAGAAGGUGCAAAAACUGUUGGUGCAUCAAGGAUUAUUGGCAUAGAUAUUGAUAGCAAUAAGUUUGAAAGAGCAAAGAACUUUGGAGUCACCGAAUUUAUUAAUCCAAAAGAACAUGAGAAACCAAUUCAGCAGGUGAUAGUUGAUCUCACAGAUGGUGGAGUUGAUUACAGUUUUGAGUGUAUUGGAAAUGUGUCUGUGAUGAGAGCUGCUUUGGAAUGCUGCCAUAAGGGUUGGGGUACAUCAGUUAUUGUGGGGGUUGCAGCAUCAGGUCAGGAAAUAUGUACUCGACCUUUCCAGCUGGUGACUGGGCGUGUAUGGAAGGGAACAGCUUUUGGUGGCUUCAAGAGCCGAUCACAAGUGCCUUGGCUUGUAGAAAAGUACAUGAAGAAGGAAAUCAAGGUUGAUGAGUACGUCACCCACAGUUUGACUCUUGCGGAGAUCAAUAAGGCAUUUGACCUCAUGCAUGAAGGAGGAUGUCUCCGUUGUGUGCUUGCAAUGCAUGAGUGACUGUGUCUACAUGCAUGCAUGCCUAAUAAUAUGAAUGUUAUCUUCUCAUGUCGCUUGGCAUGAAAACUAGCUAUCAGAAUUCUUUUUGCGCUGGAUUUCAGUUUUAACAUUCGAAUGUAUGCUGUCACGGUUGCAAACAUACAAAUUCUUCUUAAAUAAUCCUAGAGUGCAAAAAACAAAGACACUGGAUGACUCAUGUCAUUCUCAUUCUGUCAUAAAAUACAAACUGUUUAUAAAUAAUUUUUUACAAGUUUAA